AUGAUCACCCUUCAGCUUGUUUAUAUCUUAUACCUCCUCACCGCGUCCACCCUCGCCUUCAGCGCCUCCAUCCCAGCGACCCCCGAAAAACCUACCGUCUACCUGAUCCGUCAUGGCGAGAAGCCCCCGGACCCCAGCGACAGCGGCCUCAACUCGGAUGGCUUCAAGCGCGCAGAAUGCCUCCGUUCUGUCUUCGGCGUCGAUUCGCCGUAUGAUAUUGGAUAUAUAAUGGCGCCGCACAUCAACUCUCUCGGCCAACAUCGACGCUCCUACGAAACCGUCCUCCCCCUCGCAACCGACCUCUCUCUACCGAUCGACACCUCCUGUAAGCGCAACGACGUCAAGUGUGUGGCCCGAAAGAUCCGCCACUACCGAGGGCCGGGGAAUAUCUUGAUUUCGUGGCGGCAUGGGAAGAUGGCCGAAAUUGUGCGCGCCUUGGGCUCGGAUGAUCCACCCGUUUAUCCUGAGGAGCGGUUUGAUUUGAUCUGGACGAUCCCUUGGCCUUUUGAUAACAUCACGUUGGUUGGUAGCGAGGGAUGUGUUGGGUUGGAUGAUGGAGUGUCCGUCUCUGAAACUCCGGAGGUGAAUGGAUUAGUGGUGCAAGGAUAG